UCUUUCCCUACCAAAAAACGUCACAUGGCAGCAUCAGAAGGUAAAUCCAAAAAAGAGAUUUUUUUUAAAAACACUGUGAAGGCCUGUGUUCUAACAUGUAAACGUGGUCCUGUCCCAAGCUUAUCAGAAAAACGAGUCACAAGUGUACAGGGCACGGAAGGGGGUUUACCUCGUGCGACGGACAAGUAUGGGGAUAUGAUAGGAAAAGAAACGACUAUCGAUAUACACUUUAUAUCAAACUUUACAUCGGGCUUUCUUCUUAAGGAGAAAAUAGAGGUUAAAGAGGAUGUGGUUUUAGAUCAACUGAUUAGCUGGACAGUCAAAUUGAAACACCUCUGUAUAAGCCAUCAGUCCCCCAUGUGCAGACGGAUACACCUACAGCAGGUUGCAUUCCGGAGGACAGCAAUUGACAUUUGUACCAUAUGCUGUGAAGGAUCGAUCAAGAAGUUCUUUUCUAAAUAUAUAGUUUAUAAGAUAUCAUAUAUUUUUUUUUCAGGUUCACACAACAUUUAUUCACGUUAUGACAGUCAGGGUUUUAACAUCAUGCCCUUACAAACCAACCUGACUAGGGGGUACAGGGUAUCUUAUCUACCAUUUACUCACACAUCCACUCUAAUAGGCAUUCAUUCAAAGAUGGAAGAAAACGAAGAGGAUUAGAAAGGAAUGAAAUUACUAUGGCUUAUCAUAUGUACACUAUACAAAAUAAUAUUAAUCUAAUAGGUUGUCACAAACUAAAGGUUUUAAAUGUAUAACAAAUGUACUAUUAUGACAUUGAUAAUAACUUCCGAUGAUAUACAUAGGCGAAUUAAUAUAUACAAUUACAUAUUAUAUAUUCUGGAUGAUUUAAAAUCUAUAAAUCUUUUAAUUUAUGAAAUGUAUUCCAUUUCUUCUCAAAAACAUCUAAAUACUGCCUUUCUACUUUGUACACAUUUGUCCAAGUGGUAACAAAGGGGGAUUGCCUCUACAUUUGCAACAAUACACAAAGUACUUUAAAUAAUAAUUAAUGAAAUUGAUCAUUUCAAUUUCUGAGCUACCCAGCAAAAAGGGUUUUUUUUAUCAACAACAAUAUUUACUGGAAAAAAAAAUCCCUAAACCAUGACUGCACAUUCUUGAAAAAUAAAACAACAUUUUCACAGUCAUACAAAACAUGCUCUAUUGAUUCCUUUUCUUUUGCACAAAACGAACAUAAAUCGUUGUCUAUUUUCUUUAUUUUGAACAAAAAUAAAUUUGUGACUAAAAUUUUUUGAUUUACAUGUAUACGUCGGAUAUUGUAGCCACUGUAAUUUUGUAUCCUUUGUAAUAGUAAAAUCAUUUUUAUUAAUUGUAUUCCACUCUUCUUGAGAGAUAUCAAAUUGUAUAUCCCACUUCUUUUGACCUGUAGGUUUUUCUUCACUAUAAUUAACAAGAUGUGUUUGUGAAACACAAAUGCCCCCGAUAAUGGCCAAUUCCGAAGAUGGCCAAGGUCACAAGGGCAAAUAUCUUGGUACCAGUAGAAAGAUCUUGUCAAAAGAAAUGCUCAUGUACAAUAUGAAAGCUCUAAUAUUUACCAUUUAGAAGUUAUGACCAAUGUAAAAAAAAAAAAUUAAAGUAGGUCAAAUGUCAAGGUCAAAAGGUUCAAUACCAACGGAAAGAUCUUGUAACAAGGAAUACUCAUGUGAAAUAUCAAAGCUUUAUUUCUUACUGUUCAAAAGUUAUUAGCAAGGUUAAAGUUUUCAAAAAGUAGGUCAAACUCCAAGGUCAAGGUCACGGGGUCAAAAAUGUUGGUACCCACAGAAAGGUCUUGUCACAAGGAAUACUCAUGUGAAAUAUCAAAGCUCUAUCACGUUCUGUUCAAAAGGUAUUAGCAAGGUUAAAAUUUUCAAAAAGUAGGUCAAAUUCCAAGGUCAAGGGUAAAAAAUGUUCGUAUCCACGGCAAGGUCUUGUCACAAGGAAUACUCAUGUGAAAUAUCAAAGCUCUGUCACUUACUGUUCAAAAGUUAUUUGCAAGGUUAAA